GUUAAAGCAAAGGCAAGUAAACAAAGGAGGCAGGAAGAGGAGUAGCGGUUGGGGGAAAAAAACAGCAAGAAGUGCAGGCAAAAGUGGCGGAAAGAACUCCAAAAGACGAAACGCAGCAGUAAAGACAAGUGGCAAAAAAACAGAAGAGGAGUGCCGGAGCAGAGAGGAUCUAGGUGGAUUGACGACAGUGGAGAAAGGAUGACGUCGAAGGGCAAAGGGGCAAGACAGGGCGGAGGAGAGUGGGAGUGGUGACUGGUGAGGAAAGCACAGCUGAGGCAAGAGAGACAGCAACUCACGUACGUUGACGUCCUGAAACGUCCGAAAAGUGCUAUCAGCAACUCACACGCGCACGCACAGGAACAGGUAUGCUGCAUGUUUACGCCACUCAGGCAGAGGAGCGCCCUAAUAGUCCAGCAUGGAACCUCUGAGCUAAGGAAGCCUCGGACUUGGAAAUAACUUCUUACUCAAUACUUCUUCACGGACACCACAAGAUGUCUGUCAAGCUGCGAUUCGACUCACCCUCGGAUGGAAAGCCAAUCUGUCGGAGUCGCUCCUUCACGGGGUUUGGCUCUCUGGCAGGACGACGGCGGCCUUCCUCCACUUGGAACUCACUGCGCCUCAACUCCGUGUCUGAAAGAAAAACUCCGAGAGCUCCUUUGUCUCCUAGAAGAGGGUUCGGAGCCGUCUGGUCCAUGCAGCCAGAGGACGUCGACCACGUCUUCCAGGCGCUUCGCAAAGGCCUCAGGGAGCAUGUGCAGCGUCACCAGACUGAGAUGGACUUUCUGUCUUCACGCCAGCAAGAAACAAAAAGAAACUCCAGGCUGGGCUUUCAGUACGACCUUGACAAGGAGAUUCGAGUUCAAGAGAGGCUGAUCCGCAAGUUGGAAUUCCAAAUCAGCAAGGUGGACGAGCUCUACGAGAACUACUGCGUCCAGUGGCGUCUCUGCCAGGGAGCUGUCAACAUGAAGAGAGCCUUCUCCCUGGCGCCCUCCACCAGGGAGUCUAGGGAGAGCCUCCUGGAGCUGGGACGCAGCCACAGGCACAGCGAGCAGGACAUGUCGGCCAUGGAGGAAGAGCUGGAGGUCCUCCUGGGAGAACUUCACGUCAAGAUGAAAGGUCUCAUUGGUUUCGCCCGGCUAUGUCCCGGAGACCAGUAUGAGGUCGUGCUGCAGUUGGGCCGUCAGCGCUGGAGGAUUCGCGGCCGGAUCCAAAGCGACGACGUCCAGUCCUGGGACGAGGAGGAGAUGCUCUUCCUACCGCAUGUCAAGCACAACUUUGAGAUCAAGGUUUUGGAGGCCAAGGGUCUGGGCUGGCAGCUGGUAGGUGCGGUCACCUGUGCCAGCGCACACUUCUUUGUGGCUACUCCCCAACUCAUGCUGGUGGACAUCACCCAGCUGGGAACCAUCAAGCUACAGCUGGAGGUUACCUGGAAUCCAUUGGACAGCGGUGAGAAGGUGGGACUUAUGUCCAGCGGCCGACCAUCGGGGUGGAGCAGGAAGACUUCGGUGCAAAGCUGGACCGCACCCAGCACGCCGUCCUUCUCGGAGAAGUACUUCCUGUCAAUGGUUCAAGAACUGCAGGAAGGAGGGGGAGGAGCUUCAGUCCCACUCCGAAUGAUAAAAGGUGGGCGGGACAGGGGUGUGUCUUUAAUGAGCUACCUGUCACACUCGUCCAUCACAUCCAGCCUCUCACAAGCCAAGACGCCGCCCAGCAGCAGCGUGGCGGGUAGUCACACUCAACUUUCCCUGGGGGAGGACGGAGAGGGAAGAGUGACUGGUGAGAGGAGAGGGAGGAAGCUGGGUGGGAAGGAAGAGGAGGAGGAAGACGAGAACGGGGAGCCCUGGGGAGGAACGUUUGCUUCUUCGUCUUCUCUCAUGGAUCUUCCCAGUUUUAGGUCCAGCACCCCGGAUAUCCUCAAAGACAACCAAGACAACCCUGCAGGAGGUUGCGAGGAGGCCGAGGACGGGCCGCCCGAUGGGGUCAGCCGGGAAUGCAAAGAAACGGGACUUUUGACUGCCUCGCUCCCUAAAUGGCAGGACAUAGGGGAGUUCCCCGCACCCCCGGUUGCCUCGGCAGCUGCGGAGCCCGGCGGCGGAGAGCAGCGGGCGCAGGCCCUGCAACUAGGAACGCUGCUGGGGGAGCUGGAGAGAAGCCUGCGGCCACUGCGGAGCUGCGAGAGCCCGCUGAGGCUCCUGAAGCAGCAGAUAGAACACCUCAACACCAUUCUGAGGAACAACUUGUCCCUCAUCAGACCGUCGUCAUGGGACGACACCUUGGCCGUGGAGGAGGUUCUCAGCAGCUUUGACUUCCUGUCACAUGACGACGACUCUUCCUGUUCCGGCGGCAUGUCUUGUCCAAGGAGCCCCCUCCCACAAGACCACCGAUGGGGUUGUGAGAAGGAGCCGCCGGUGGCCCAGCUGACUUGUGGCCACUGGGGUCUUGACCAGGCUCUGGAGACACACCUGGACACCUGUUGCAUCCUACUGGAGAUGCUGCAGAGGAUCAACUUCAGUUUGACUCGUGUGGAUCUCCUUGAGGAUGUUUCUCAACAAGCAGACGUCCUGAACAGAAUCGGCUGCUUGCUGUUGGAGGACAAGAACGGCAUCUCCACUGAAGACCUGCUUCCGGAAGAUCAGAGGAGUCGAGAUGUUUUGCUGUUGUGGGCUGAAUGUGUGCGAGACUCCGAUUCUUCUUCUCCAUUCUGCUGCCACUCAGACAACUUUGUCAACGCACUCAGGAAACAAUACUCGGACAAAAUUAAACCCAACGCAGAGGCCAAGCAGCCUGGGCUCUCUGAAAGAGUGUUCCGCACGCUACUGCAGCAAGUGCAGGCAGCCUGCAGGGUGGCGCUGUGGCCACCACAGCCUCCGAGCGCCGCCGACAGAGUGAGCGUGUUCCAGCUGUCGAUUUAUCUGAGACGGUGUGGCAUCGCCACGCUGGGCAAGCACGUCGCCCACCUCGCCAAGGAAGAGUACUUCCUGUCGGCAUUGAAGGGUCCCAAGCGGCGGGGCAUGCUGACCAGGAUGACAUCGCGGGGCGUGGCCCGCCUUCUCCCACUGGGCUGCACGCUGCAGGCCAUAGCAGCACUCUUGACAGACGCCGACCGCAAAGUGUGCCGGGCGGCUGCCCGCUGCCUGAGACGGGCUUCUGUCUGCGCCACCUUCCGAGCCAGGGCACUUGUUUAUUUCACAGAGAGUUUGAGGAGCACUGACGUCGUCAUCCAGCGGAACUCUUGUUUGGCGCUCCAAUGCUUGGCGGUGAGCGCGCAGCGGCCUCCCAUUGCACUGGCUCUCACACAUUCAUUUGUAUUUGUUUGCGUGUAUUUGCAGGCCAUGGAGAGUGUGGAGCACAUGGUUGAACUUCGCAGGUGUCCCAAUGAAGACGUUCAAAAUGCCGCCAAGGAAGCGGUCCUCUCAUUUGGUAAAAAAGGCCACGCAGCCUUCCAGAAGAUGGAGCAGCUUGACUUGGAGAUGCAGGAGGACUUUUUUCAAAAUUUGGACACUGAGAUCACUUUUCUUUAAGAGCAACUUUUGCUGUCUUUUUUUUCUUCAUGGCCAACAUGUGUACAUAUAUACAUAUAUAUAUACAUAUAUUUGUUUAAAGAAUAUAUAUAUAUAUAUAUAUAUAUAAUUUGAUACAUAUUUAAACAAUAAAGUCAGCUAAACACAGCACAAGUGUCAAAGUACAUUAAAAUAUUUUUCAAACAUUUAGCAUUUCAUUCUUAAAUUAUACAUUUCCAAAAAAUGAAAGAGGUUUCCACAAGUGUUCAUAAUUUAAGGUUUUUAAAAAAAUUGAACAAAAACAAAUGAGUAUUUUUAUCGACAAAGCAACUAAAAGUUUAAAUCAUGCUGGCAAAAUAUUAAAAGGUUCAACGCGGAGAAUCCACAAUUAAUUUAAAUGCACAACAAAGACUAACAGAUCAAGUUAGAAAUGACAAGAU